AUGUCGUUUGUUCUUCCCCACUCUCAUAGACCGAAGUCGAACAAGUCGUGUUCAAAGCUUCUGCUCGCUGUUAUCGGGAAGCGUUUCCAGAUGUCUCGGAGACCAUCAGGAAGAAGAUUGUCAAAGCCUCAACCUUUAGCAUUUUCACCGUUUAUGCGGUUUGCUUUCGCUUCUUCAACGGCUAAGCGUAAAUUGCCUCAUCCUCAAGACUGUCAAUGCUCUGAAGAGAUUACUUUUGAUGAAAAGCUCCCAAAUUUAUCUAAAAAGGCGAAAAAGGAAGAACUUUCAGACUCCUCUGAUGAAGAAGACUCUCAAGGAGAAGAUGUCCAAGCGGAUUUUGAGUUCUUUGAUCCUAAAGCUAAAGACUUUAACGGAGUGAAGAUCCUGUUGCAACACUAUCUCGAUGACAAGGAGUGGGAUUUGACAAGCUUUGUUGAUUUGAUAUUGGAACAGACAACAGUAGGAACGGUUGUGAAAGUAGCAGAUGAUGAAGACGAGUCUGUGUUUGCUGUUGUCACUGCUCUCAACUUGGGGAGAUACAAGGACAACAAAUGCUUUAGACAGUUGAAAGAGUUUCUUGUUAAAAUCUGCUCGGAGAAGAGUGUAGCUAGUGAGUUACAAAUGCUCUUGGAGAAGAAAGCAAGAGAUGUUGGUUUGUUGGUGUCUCAGAGAGUGAUGAAUCUUCCUCCACAGCUUCUUCCUCCUCUGUACGAUGGAACGUUUGAUGAAGUCUCAUGGGCCACUGAAGAUGAGCCUACAGAGGAGCUUCGAAAAUCAUUCCGGUUCAAGACAUAUCUUAUAGUCACCAAGAUUUACAAGUUGAAGAAUCCUAAGCAGAGAAAGCCUCGUCGUGGUGAAGAAGAGAUUGAGGAAACAGUAUUUCUUAAGCCUGAAGAUGAACUUUUUCUCGAGCUCAGUUCUUGGUCUUUCACAUACCCUAUGCGCUCACAGCUAGUGACUUCUCAAGAAAUGAAGAAUUAUCAGCUGAUGGGUCUAGUGAUGGCUGUGGAGGCAAAAAGGAUUCCUGAAUUCAGACAGAUGUUGAAUUCUCUCAUUGAUGAAUAA